AUGCAGACAGACUUUACCAGUGAACUCAAGCCUGCCGGCCCAGGCGGUAGUGUCCUGAUAGAACAAGAAAGAGCUCGUUCAUCAAUUCCUGUAGAUGCUCUCUCUGAGUUCAUUUUGGGCAAGCAAUGGCUUCAGAUGCAACGGAGUCUGUUGCCCUUGUUAAUGGGCCAAAAGCUUCUCUCUAAGCGAACUCAAAUGAAUCUGUCUCGGCCUGACCGAUAUCUACUUGGUCUAGCUCGGGCAAAGCUUCUCCGACGAAUGGCUGAUCAGUAUCACUGGUCUGACGAGGAAUACGAAAUGGCCAAAUAUCUUGUUGACGACGUGUCGCCUUAUACUCUCCAUACCACGAUGUUCCGGCAAACUCUCCGAGAACAAGCUAGUGAUGAGCAGCAGCAGUACUGGCUUCCGAAGCACGGCCGAUGGGAGGUGAUUGGGGCUUAUGCACAGACAGAAAUGGGUCACGGGAGCAAUGUCCGAGGCAUCGAAACUGAAGCUCGAUGGGACCCCGCGACUAAAUCAUUCAACCUUCAUAGCCCGACAUUGACAGCGAUUCGAGACAAGGUGACACAUCAGCCUUUGGAUGGAAUUGUGGUCGGAGAUAUAGGGCCAAAAUAUGGCUACGCGCCCAUGGACAAUGCGUUUAUGCUCUUCAAGCAUCACAGAAUCCCACAUGAUGCCAUGUUAAAUCGAUAUGCCAAAUUAGAUCCCGAAACUGGUGUUUACACGAAACCAGACGCUCCUAAUGUCGUGUACGGAUCACUCACUGAGGCUCGAUCACGAAUCGUGAACCACGCCAGGCUGGUUCUGGCACGCGCUGUUACUGUUGCAGUCCGCUACACUACGAUCAGACGACAGUUCAAAGAUAAAGACGACCAUUCGGAAGCACCUGAAACUUCUGUUAUCGACUAUUCAACGGUGCAGAUCCGUAUCCUGCCGCUGCUUGCCACCGUAUUCGCUUUGCAUUUCACAGGCCAGGUCAUGAAGGAAACCUUCUUGUCCAAUCGGAAGAGAAUUGCACAGAAUGACUUUAGUGGAAUGGCAGAGCUGCACAGCCUGUCAUCUGGCCUCAAGAGCCUCUGCACUGACCUGGCAGCCAACGGUAUUGAGACAUGCAGGCGAGCAAUGGGAGGGCAUGGAUAUGGAGGCUACAGUGGGCUAGUGCAACUAAAUGCUGAUUAUCUGUCGAAACCUACUGUUGAGGGAGAUAACUGGAUGAUCACCCAGCAGGUAGCCCGAUACCUUAUGAAAGUUGCUAAGAGAAUCACAGAGAAGCAAGGAACUAAACAAGAGACAAGAGCCGAGAAAUUGCUCGAAAAGUAUCAGUUGCCCCAUAAUGGAACUGGCUUCAACAUCCUGGAGGACCAUUCUGCGCUGGCGGACGCUUUCGAACAUCGAGUAGCUCAGAUGACGUUCCAAGUCUAUGCAGAAAGAGUCAAACAAGGCCGGUCGGAGAACGAGAUGCUUAUAAAGAUGCAUCAGUUGUCACAUGCUUAUUCGUAUUCCAUUUUGGUGCGAAAUUUUCAUGACCAGAUAACCAACCUGCAGAAUUUUGGACAGGAAACGAUCAAUGUGCUGUGGGACCUGUACAGGUUAUUUGCGCUAUUUACGAUGCAGAACAAUGCUCUUGAGUUUAUACAAACUGAGACGGUAUCACUCGAUCAACUCAGCGCGGUGCGGGAUCGAAUUUUUGAACUGAUGAGGCGUAUACGGCCGCAUGCCGUUCGGUUGGUUGACGUGUGGGCUCUACCAGAUUAUCUUCUUGACAGCUCACUGGGUCGUUAUGAUGGUCGUGUAUAUGAGGACAUGUUUCAUCGCGCUCAUGAUCUCAACCCUUUAAACAGCAUUACCGUCAACCCCGAUUAUAAGAACCCAGAGCUUGUGCUAGGAUCCGGAGAUGGCAAUGCUAUUCUAGCUAAAUUGUAG